UUCCACAAGAGCAAGAAAGCUGGGCCUUUAACUGGCUUACAGAUCAGUUUGGCCAAUAGAGCAAGGGAUCCUGCUAGCAGGUGAAACACUUCAUUUCAAAACCAGCUAAAGCCUGUUUGAGCAAGAGACAGGCAGCAUCUAUCUGUGCCACUGGCACAACUUUGUGUUUACUUAAUGGACAAAGGCUGUUACUACUGUCUGUAGCAAUUUAAAUACCCUUAGUUCAAUCAGUUGCUCAUUUUGCUUUCUGAGUACUGUUACUGUUUUUAAAUUAAAGGCACAUUUUGCUAAGGAACCCACAUGGAAAAAAGAAAGCAAACAUCCCCCAGAAAACUUGUGUUCAAAAGCAGUACUUAAACUCUCAUCAGCAAGUUUUCUUGCUGCCAGUACUUACAGCAAUAUAAAACAAACGAGGCCCAAAAAUCAAGAGCUGUAAACUUCUAAGAGUUCAGCCUAAAUUCAGAACCCCAAACAGUAAGGUCAUGAUGCCCUUCCAAAAGGCAUUCCCAGCCAUGUUUCUCCAGCAAAUGGUGUUUCAUAUUAAUUUCCAGGUUUACUCAAAAGCAGAGGAGUGCUGUUUUCCAAACCUGGAAGGACAGACUAAUGCUAUUGAACAGGAGCAAUCUUAUUACUAUUUUGUAAAUCUCAGACAUAAAUGGGUGGUUAUAGGCUUAAUAACAUAUACACAAGCUCCUGAAAAACUGAGGAGCACCAACAACAUUCCCUUUUCUUUGAGUGGCCACUAGACAAAUUUAAUGUUUACUCUUGUGAUAAGGCUGCACAGACAUUUUCCCCCAUGCCCUCUAAACAAGAGCAGUAGGAUGAUAUAUGUGCUUUUACAGACAAGGAAGUACUUACAUUCUGGUCACCUUAUCAUGCCAUAUCCGGGAGGGAAGGAAAAAAGAUUUUUAUAAGUGGCUAAUACCUCAAAAAUAAUAAUGUUAAUGUAUCCAAGAUAACAGACAGGCUUUAUUAGGUGAACAGCAGCUGCCUUUGUUUACAGGGCUCUUGUUCAGCAAUCAAAGGCUAAUAUUUUAAUGGGUCAACUGAAAUACCAUACUACUUGUAUUUUAAUACCAGUUAUAGAUUAAUUUACUGUGUGAAGAUCUAUAAUGAAGACAAAGUACAAGACAUCAUUUUCACCAAUCUUAAAUUCAGGACAAUAUAAUGCAAUCAAAGCUUCAAGUCUUUCCAAAGUUUUCCAACAACAGUUACAUAAUGAAAAGGUAAUAAUAAAAGACAACACUUCCAACUGCAGCAAGAGCAGCUUCCAUGGAAUUUGAGGUAUCAGUGAUAAGCUGACAGAUUCAUCUUAGUCCUUCAAGAGGGCCACUGAGUUGCCAGUUCCACAAAAGUAACCUUAAAAACAUCUGGACUGUAAUAAUUUCUUUGAAAAUAGUUACAUGUCACUGCUGAACCCAUUCAAUAAUUGUUGAAAUACAGAUUUCUCUUCAGCAUGGCUGCAAGUUUGUUUUCAUUUACCAGAGUAAAUUCUCUGCUCAGAGAAGCGAGCUCCAAGUAUUCCGUGCUUCAUUUUGAAGUCUUAUGUCAGGUAUGUGGCCAUAAGGAGAUGGCCACACCACAGGGCAGAGGAACUGUGACUGCUCUGUAAGGCAAGAGCUCAGUAGACCCACAUGGGGAUAACAGCAAAGUCCGAGCUGCAAAUACAGUGUGUAGUUAUGCCAGUAUUCCCACAGCACCUGGGGGUAUCACCUGAGAUUAGAUCUUCCCUGCACUAAAUGCAUACAAGAGAUAAUUCAUGCUACUAAGAGAAAGCAAUACAAAUAUGCAAAGUAGGAUAGCACAGAAGUACUCCUGUAGCUAUUUUACAGAUAGUUAACUAAAGCACUUUAAUGAAUUUGCUCAAAAAUUGACAAGGAAAGCCUACAGCAGAGGGGCAGAAGCCAGCUCUCCUGCAUCCUAACCCAGUGCACCGUUUCCAGGAUCAUCCUUCAUACUCCUAAAGUGGUUUGGUUGCUUGCUGAGGACAGAAGCCAGUGAUGGCCACUGAUUGAACUGAGUUCAACUCCGCAAGAGAAAAUCCAGAAUUAGUUCAUCCUGGAAGAGAUCACAAGAGAGAGAAGCAGCAGUCCUUAAAUGCUGCCAGUGUUUCAACUCCCCAUAUUUAUAAAACAAUCUUUUCAGGUAAUGAUCACCCAAUACCCUUGUGCAACUUUCCGCCACAGUUAGCAGAGGAUUCCCAUCCCACUUGGACAGGAAAGCCACUAACCUUUGUGACUGGCAGUCCUCAGCAGCACAGCCACUGAAUGGCUCUGUAACCUCAAAGGGAGCCACUACCUUGGAGGGCAGAUAUUGUCACCACACUGCUGUCUCCCUUGGAUGGAGCCACACUCUUUGGUCUGCACAGCAGCCCGUGGGGACCACCCUGGACACCUGCUGCCAGGACUGUGAGGGCAACAGCAGAGGGUCUUAACACUCCACAUAGGAACAGGAGGGCAUAUGUCCAGUUUAGAAAGCCCAUGCUUAUCUAUACACAAGGAAGGAUUCACAUACUGCUGGGGAAAAAGGAGUUUAUAUAGAGAAAACGAGAAUUAUGCCUGCUUCCCGUGGAUUAAAGUUUUCAACAGUCAUUACAUCGCUUAGUGGAGUGGACAGUCCAAGCCUAAAGGCAGUAUUAGUACUUACUUUAGGAUGAGAUUGUCCACCUUCAACCAGUUUCAAGACUCCACUACAAUCCAUUCAGAGUAACUGCUACUGGUAAAGAUCACCUUUAAAAGGGAACAUGGAUUUAAUAAACUCAACUGAACAAAAUGGUACAUCAGAAGAACUAUUCAAAUGGGUGACAUCCAAGAUUCUCAUUUCCAUUACCCUGUCUGUGCUUGCACUAAUGACAACGGCCAUCAACUCUCUCGUGAUGACUGCAAUAAUUGUGACAAGAAAGCUCCACCACCCUGCCAACUAUCUAAUCUGCUCUCUUGCAGUGACUGAUUUCCUUGUGGCAGUCCUAGUGAUGCCCUUCAGCAUUGUCUACAUUGUAAAGGAGACCUGGAUCAUGGGGCAAGUGGUGUGUGACAUUUGGCUGAGCGUGGACAUUACGUGCUGCACGUGUUCCAUCUUGCAUCUCUCUGCCAUUGCUUUGGACCGGUAUAGAGCAAUCACAGAUGCUGUGGAAUAUGCACGGAAAAGGACACCUAAGCAUGCUGGCAUCAUGAUUGCAGUGGUAUGGAUCAUAUCCAUUUUUAUCUCCAUGCCACCUUUAUUUUGGCGGCACCAGACGACCAGCAGAGAUGACGAAUGCAUCAUCAAACACGACCACAUUGUUUUCACCAUUUACUCUACAUUUGGCGCCUUCUAUAUUCCUCUGGCCUUGAUUCUGAUCCUUUAUUACAAGAUAUACAAGGCAGCAAAGACAUUUCACAGAAGAAGUGUCAGCCGGAUCGUAAGGGAGGAGGUAAAUGGACAAGUCCUUUUGGAUGCAGGUGAAAGAAGCACCAAAUCGGCUUCAAUGCCCAGCACAGCAGAGAAGACAUCAGAUCCCCUGGUGAACUGCGAAAAAAGCACUAUCACCCUACGAAGCCCUAGGUCUGAAUCUAAGCACGAGAAGUCCUGGAAAAAACAGAGAAUCUCUAGCACAAGAGAGCGAAAGGCAGCAACUACACUGGGUCUGAUCUUGGGGGCAUUUGUGAUCUGCUGGCUCCCUUUUUUUGUAAAAGAAGUAGUUGUUAAUACCUGUGAAAGGUGUCACAUCUCAGAAGACAUGUCUAAUUUCCUAGCAUGGCUGGGAUAUAUAAAUUCCCUUAUUAACCCUCUAAUCUACACAAUCUUUAAUGAAGAUUUCAAGAAAGCCUUCCAGAAGCUUGUGCAGUGUAGGCAAUAUCUUUAAGAGCUUUUGUUCGUAUAAGGAGAACAUACUCAUUGGUUUUUAACCUGUAUAAAUUUAUAUAACUGAGAUGACAUUUGUUGUAUUUAAGGAAAAGCACCAAGACUCUUCAUUUACAGUAUGACUUUUUUGUAUCAGUAGUACUGGAAGCAUAAAUUGCCCAAGUUUUAAAGAGGUGGAUCAUCUGGGAUCAGUUUCGCUCUGGAAAAGAGGUAAUGUAUUGUGGCUCUGAUCCAGUUGGGAUUUGCAGAGCUGCCUAGCUUGAAGCAUAAGGUAUUACCUUAAAUAUGAAGGAAAUAUACGCUUGAAGUAGACAAAGAAACAGAAUUUGAAAAAAAGUAACCCUCAGUCACCAAUGAAAUUUUAAGUAAAACAACACACAGGUUCUAAACCCUAAUGCAAAUAAGAAGAUAGAAAAUACACCUUGGAAUUAAAACAUGAUUUUAUUAGUUUGACACAGGCCCGCAGCAUAGAGCCAAGCCAUUCCCAGUGAAGGGUAGUAGCUUUAAAAAUAUCUAGCAUUAUCCUAUGUUGAUUAGCUGAGUGCAGCUGCAGCCCUGUCUUCUCCCGUAAAUGGAGGACUUCCCUGUGUUAUGCCCUCGCAGCACCCCAGCAGUAGGCAAGGUGCUCUCACGGGUUACCAGUUUCAUAGCAAGCCAAUGUUGUGAGCCCUCUGCCAUUGCACACCCACAACAGACAUGGGCAUAGCCCCAAGGGAAACAGCCAGACAGCUGGGGCACCUCCAGUGUGCUGGGUACACGUAGUGCCUGGUGCUCUGAAACACCUCUUCAGUACAGACUAGGGAGGGUAACCUCAUAAAGAGCAGCUGGUCCUUCUCAUGGAGAUGUUAGAAGGGGAAGAAGCAUGAGACACUCCUUUCUUCCUGUCCUCAUUCCUGCCUCACACACCUGGCCAGGCACGGCCCCUGUGACUUUCAGCGCCAAACCCAGCCACACAAUUUGUGCCAGGGUCUCCAGAGCAUUGCUGAUGGUGGGUGGCUUAGUGAGGUUUGGUUGAGGGCCACCUAAUGAAGAACUUGGGCUGACAGCUCCAGCUCAUCUUGUUCAGCCCUCCACGCCAAGAAGCAGGAUAUCCCCCAAGUCUUUUCUCGACCCCCCUCAAGCACUAGGGCUGUGCACUCCGAGCACGUGAGAAAGCAGAGACCAACCACGGUGCUGGCAGUGUUGGUCUCUGGAAAAGGCUGUGCAGCAGCUUCUCCAGUAAGAGCAGGGGAGUCCCCUCAGUGUGCAGUGCACACCUGGGCAGGGGAUCCUGGGGGGUGCUUACUGGCUGGCACCUCUAAACCCCUCCUUCCCCCAGAGCAUCUAGUCUAUGCCCCCAGUCCCAGCAGAGCUAAAAGGACGUUGUAGGCACUCCAGCCAGCCCUGGCCAGCUGGUUCAGUCAAAGAUAACCACAAUGAACUGUGUGGGCUUUGUGGGCUGCGUUCUAAGGCCUCAAAGAUGGUACCUUGGCCAAUUUUGAUUUACAUGCUCUAGAUGCCAAGCCACAGCACAAAUGAGUGCAAGAACAGCCCUUGCCUCAAAAUCAGCAGUGCAAGUUUGCCAACAGCUAAGAGUACUAACAGAGCAGUGGGCAUCUACCCCUGAGUGCAGAUGAGUCACUAAGAGCCACACCAGAACACAGGGAUGGGUUUUGCACUUUUCAGGACAAACAGAUUCAGGCUGUGUCACUAAGACCCUGGCUUCAACUUCAUUGCCAGCCAUUCAGUGCUGUCAGGCAGGAACGGGGACUUGAGGCUCCUUACAGGAACUACAAAUCCACUGUCAGCAGCAGCAGUCUCCUGCAAAGGCGCUCUAUUUUGGCACAUGGGCCAGCAGCUUAGGGACAUCACAAAGAAGCUGAGACAUGAGACCACUACGGACACCCUUAGUUUGGGAAAGUUAUCACUGGUCUUUCCAGUUGUUCUUCCAAGAGACUUUCAGCCAUUUGCAUUAGACAAGAAAACUCAGAAAGAAGCCAUUACUAUCAUUUCUCUCUCCCCCUCUCCCUCCCUUGUAUUACCAACUCAGGAGUUUAAUAAUUUUUGUAUUUUGCCCACUAGCUACCAGCUGACACAACAGCUGUCAGAGGUGUUUCUUGCAAGAUGAUGAGGUUUGAAACCUGAGAUAUUGAACUAAUUUGUUUCUGUCACUUGCAACUUACUGUAUUCUGCUUUCACAUCAAGGUCCAAAUGAGAUGCUACUCAGAAGUCCUAGAAAUGGUGCAUUUGCUUUGCUGUUGAUUUUAACCCAGCCAGAAUCUAAUGGAAAGCUCACUUGUCAUGCCGUGUAGCUCUAGUGCAGCGGUAGCACAGCUAAAUUUUGAAGAUACUAGGAUGCGACAGAAUGGAAUUUGGCUCACGCUCAGUACAAGCUAGCACGCUUUACUACCAUUGCAGUCAGAGCACAGCCUCUGCAGCCCCCAUGACCUUGGCAAUGGCUGCAUUAUGCUAAAAGAAAAAAACUGCUUUAAACAUCAGCUGUGCUCUACUGUCUCCAGAAAGAGCCAUGGAAUUCAGCUUUCUAAAAGGAUUAGCAGAUUAGCAGAAGGCAGCAAAGGAAACCCCACUGAAACAUUUAAGAUUGAAGACCUCUGUUUCUCACAUUUCCUGAGUACUGAGUCAUAACAUUGGAUAUCUAGGGGCAGGACUUCCUCUCCCCCUGCUUCUCCCUUUAUGACUACUGGAGGGUAGAGUGUAUUGUUUAUCGUCUUACACGUAAGAAGUUUGACAAUAUCUUGUGAAAUCAAAUUGGAAGGAAAAACAGGGGCUGCUUUUGAGGAGAAAAGAUACUUGAAAUACUCAUAUUUAAAUAAUAAUGGAUAAUGCUCAAAGAAUGGAAUGAUAUGUAGAUAAACAGAAAAUAGCUGUCAUUUAUGCACUGUUAACAGUAUUAUAAUCUGAAUCUAAUUUAGGGUGGUUUCUUUUGUAUCCUUUUCACUGAGCUGUGUCUGCUCACCCUUCAACACCCUAGUGGUGGAAGAUGCAACUACAAGAAAUCUAAGCAAAUGAGUGGGUACUUAUCCUAUUAAAAGCACUUGUGGCUUGUGGA